ACUAGGGUCAAAUUGGAAUGGAAUGGAAUUAUUAUAUAUUUUAUAAUUUUAUUAAGUAUUUAAACCCCGUAAACUUGAUUACAAACAAAACUGGCUUGACUGGAGAUUUUGGUAAUGGAAACCACCAGAAGAUGGCAGUAGAGAAACUGGAAGGUUGUACGUCUUAAAACCCAAACAAGAAGAGAGAAGCAGGGAACUAUCUUGGUGUGAAACUUCAGCUGAUCAGGGUUUCAUGUGUUCACUCUCCUGGAUCUCUGAGUCUGGGUUCUGCACAUGUUACUGAACUGCUGUCCUCAUGUUUUCGCUCCAUACCUGCUCAGAUUAAUCAGCCUGUUUACUCCCGGCUGGACUUUGUACCUGUUUUGUUACUGCAGGUUCAGUUCAGGCGGGUUUGGAGCAGGAAAAGUCUGCAGCAGGGUGGAGAGGGUCCAUUUCUUCUGCUUAAAGGAACAUGGCGUCCAGGACCUCAGGGAGUCGUCUGGUUGCUUGUCUUCUGAACGUUUCAGAGGCUCGCAGGAAGGACCUGGUGGAGAACGUGGCCAAAGCAGCUUUAUGCGACGCUAACGGCGUCAGACGGGAGGAGACCACGGUGCUGAACAUCUUCAACGAUCACGACUACAACCGCUCCGUCAUCACCAUCGUGGCCUCCAUGGCCUCCAUCAGGGACGCGGUUCUGUCUGCGUGUCAGAAGGCCUGCGCGCUCAUAGACAUGUGCGCCCACAGCGGCGUCCACCCCUGCAUGGGCGCCGUGGACCUCGUCCCACUCUACCCGCUGGGGGAGGACGUGGGCGUGGAGGACUGUGUCCAGCAGGCUCUGGCUGUGGCUCACGGACUCACGGAGACGGUCCCCGGCACCAGCGCCUUCCUGUUCGGCUGGGCGGACUCCCCCUUACAGCGAGGCCUGGCCCAGAGGAGGAAGGAGAUGGGCUGGUUCCGGAAGACGCCGGACCUGCAGGACCUCAGGCCCGACGUUGGGCCGGCACCACAGAAACGAUACGGACUCACAGGUGUCGGCGCCAGUCCGUACGUCAUGAACUGCAACGUCACCAUCGACACCCAGGACCUCAGCGUCGGCCGGAGCGUCGCCGCCGCCCUCAGGGAGUCCACGCCGGGGGGGCUACCUGGCGUCCAGGUGUUGGCUCUGCCCCACGGGGGGGCGGUGGAGAUCGCCUGUAACGUGGAGAGCGUGGCGGGCGCGCCGCCGGCCCACCUGACGGGGGAGCCGUGGCCGUCCUUCGUCAUCGACGGCCAGCCGUACUGCCACGCCCCCGCCUCCCUCAUCACAGCCAGGGUGGCGGAGCUGGCGGGGGGGCGGGGGGUCGGCCUGAAGGGCACCGCUCUGGUGGGGUUCACGCCCCGGGAGUGCAGGGCCUUAGCGGAGCUGGCUCUGUCUGGAGGUGUGGGUGAGUUCUGGAAGGAGCAGCGAAGGGUCCACAUGUGAAAACCAGGGGAAUUUAUGUUCUCCAUCCCUGGAGGACAAACACCGGACAAAGUUCCUGAUCCAGCUCCUCAGACUGCUGUUUCAAUCAUUUUCUGUCAACAAACAGACAAGUUACAAUAUUUACUGUAAGUUAGGAAGUAUUUCUAAGAUCCUGCAGCUCCCAGAGCUCUCUGUGCUUCUAAGAAGUCCAGAACCUUUACCAUCUACCAUAGAAAGUACUCCUGGGUCAAUGUGAGCUUCUGUGCUUUCUGUGUCUCUGCUCUGUCUUCUCUAAC